CACACACAACGGUCUUCGGCCUUCACAAAACAUAAACAAACCAGAAUUGCCCGUGCUCACGGCAAAAACGACAAAACAAUACGCAAAAUUUGCGUUCACAAGAUACGUUUGCAUUGGGUUUUACGCUACAGCCCGUAGGUAUCCUUCGAAGGUGUUCUUUUUUUUAUGGCAUCUCCAUCAACACACAAACCGUCUCGCGAAUCGCUGCGUUCAAGCUUGCAUCUUGUGCCUGCUACACCGGUGGACUACUUUUUUCUUCAAAUUCGACGACAUUUCAAUGAUAGCGUUUGUGUUUCGUUGGCUUCGUUAAGCUUGAAAAGUGACGAUCAGCUUCACAAGUUCGUAGACGAGCUGUUUGUUGUUUGGAAUGCCUACGUUGAGCGAAUUGACAUCCUAGCAAAAGAUCCCGUUUCGUCUUCCACUCACAGCUCUCCGUUUAUUCGGAAACCCUUGACGACCGAGGAGGUUGCUCUCAUUCAUGCCAGAAUGCCCGUAUACUUCCAAAGUAUGUGUAAACAAUAUCUAAAAUUCGAACAAUUUGAGAAGCUUCUCAGGUCGUACUUGCAGCGGACAAUUACCAUAUGGGCUCGAAACUCCACAGAUGAUGCGACUCGCAUAUCACUGUUUUUUGAUUUGUGUAAGAAAUUGCGGAGUAUUGGACUAGAGGGUCCACUCAGAGAAGCAUUUUCCAGUGUUUUAAAGCGACAUAUCAAGGAGAUCGUGUUUACAAAAUUCGGUGUCGCCUGGACGGAAUCCAUCGUACACACAGUUACUCAGUGGGUUCGUUCAGAAAUCGGCUCUCUCGUGGAACACAUAUUUGGCUCCACGAACUCAAAAGUGCUACAGCAACUCGAUCAGCUUACAUUGGACAUCUUGGCGAACAUACGUUCGGAGGACAUGCUGGCUAUCGUGCUUAAGUAUCCUAGAUCUCACGGAGCCGUAGAAGAUCUUCGAAUGACACUCCGGCUGACGGAGCAACGUAGCUUCCUCGUCGAUACAUUUAUCAAGGAUUGCAACCGCCAUGUCUUGCUUCCCAGCACUAGCACAAAAUCCCUAAUCUCCCUGUACAUUUUAACUAUCAGAUGCUUCACGCAUUUGGAGCCUUCUGGUGUUCUCCUCAAUCGGGUGUCCAAAUCCAUCCGCGCAUACCUAAAGGAACGAGACGAUACGAUCAAGUGUUUAAUGACCUCUAUGUUUGUCGACCAGGACAGCGAGCUGGCUGCCGAGCUUGCUCGGACAGACUCAACAACCUUGGAGUUCGAUGGCGAUCGUUAUGACGAUUUAAACUGGACGCCAGAUCCCAUCGAUGCUGCACCGGAUUACAAAAAGAAUGGUGACAAUGACAUUGUCUCUAGGCUCCUCUCCAUCUUUAACAGCAAAGAGGUGUUUGUACAGGAAUUGCAGUUGUUAUUGGCCGAUAGGCUUUUGCGCAUUACUAAUUAUGCGCCCAAAAAAGAGGCCGUUAAUUUAGAGUUACUUCGUCAACGACUGGGUGAUGCUUCGUUGCAAAUGUGCACUGUUAUGAUUAAGGACAUUCAGCAAUCACACGAAAUUGAUGCCCUUAUUCAUCGUCGCGCACACGUAUCCAGCAACUUUCACGCAACAAUUCUCUCACGUCUCUUUUGGCCCAAGCUUAGUGUGCAUCCACUCCGACUGCCCAGGCCUAUCCAGCAUCAAUUAGACAUGUUUGCCGAGGAAUUUGCUUUGGUAAAAAAUAAACGAGAGCUUGUUUUUUUGCCAAAUCUUGGCGUCGUCGACAUUGAUGUAGAACUCGAAGACCGUACAAUUUCUAUGACGGUGACACCCGAGCAGGCAGCCGUUCUAUGUUUGUUCCAAGACUCACAGACACUGGAUGUGGAAAGUGCUGCGCAGGUGAUAGAGCAAAACGAGGAUCGUGUUCGCAAACACAUGGCAUUUUGGGUGCAUCACAGAGUGAUUGCCCAGGUUGAUGCCAACCAUUUUCGUGUUCGCGAAAAAGACACGGAAGAGACGGUUACGGAAGACAAUUACGAAGCCGAACAAGUCUCUGCAGUGCAGUCCUCUACCGAAACUGCAGCAGACGAAAUGCGCAUCUACUGGUCAUUUGUUGUCGGCAUGCUGACAAACCUUGGAGCGCUGGAAUUGGAGCGGAUUCACAACAUGCUUACCAUGUUCGUCCCGCCGCCCAACGGCUACACGCGUUCGCAAGCAGAAUUGCGCGAAUUCCUUGCGCUUAUGAUCAAGGAGGAGAAAUUGGAGUUUACUGGUGGAGCGUACAAGCUGAAACAGUAAGCCAGUAAUGUUCUGCCUGUGAUCUCACCUAACAAUUGACCAAAAACCGCCUGAACCCGCCUGUGCUUUCGGGCCUUCUUUAAUGAUAUGCAAAUGAAUGACGAUAAAGUAGCAUUAACGUGAUCACGUGUCCCACAAGAAUGACGAAAUGUUUUGGUGG